UUUCAUUGAAACAAAAAGCACACACACCUCUCUCUCUCUCUCUCUCUCUCUCUGCCUCAGUUCCCCAUCUCUUCAAAGUUUCAAAUGGUCAAGGAGGAGGAGGAGAAUUCCAGAGUUAUUUUCUUGACAAAGCCAUUGUCAUUAGAAGGGGACUCCGAUGUUGAUUACAGAGCUCCUAAUCUACUUAAACGUGUUCUGAGUCUGUUUAAAAACGUACGGCCAGGAUCUGAUCUCACACGCUUCCAGCUGUCACCGCUGUUUAACAUUCCCAAGUCACACCUCCAGUGUUUUGGUGAAUCAGUGUACUGCGUUGGUAAUGAUUUGUUAGGAAGGUGCAACAGAGCGGAGACCCCUCAUGACAGGUUCACAGCUGUUGUAUCAUGGAGCAUUUCUACCUUGCGUCCUAUGAUCUUCGGAAUUGUUCCUUACAACCCCAUUCUUGGAGAAACCCAUCAUGUUACAAGGGGGAACCUCAAUGUUCUACUUGAGCAGGUAUCACAUCAUCCACCAGUUACCGCUCUUCGUGCAACUGAUGAAAAAGAAAACCUUGAAAUGAUCUGGUGUCAACAUCCUACUCCCAAAUUCUAUGGUACUUCAGUGGAAACGGAGGUGCAUGGAAAACGUCAGUUGAAGCUCUUGAAUCAUGGAGAAACUUAUGAAAUGAACUCACCAAGACUCUUGAUAAAGUUCCUCCCAUUACCUUGGGUUGAUUGGGUUGGUGAAAACAGAAUCCGGUGUCAUGAGACGGGCCUUGAAGCUGAGUUAUAUUAUGGAAGCAAUUCAUGGAUUAGGGGAAAUCCUAGAACAAUUAAGGGAAGGAUCUUUGACUCAACAACAUUCGAGCUUCUUUAUGAGAUACAUGGUCAGUGGGAUAGAAUUGUCAAAAUGAAGGACGUUAGUAGCGGGAAAGAAACCGUUAUAUACAAUGCAAAAGAAGCCAUUUCGGGACUGAAAGCUCCGAUUGUUACCGAUUUGAAGGGGGUUUGGCCGAGUGAAUCAGCUGUGAUCUGGGGAGUGCUGAGCCAAGCAAUUCUUGGGAAGGACUGGAACAAAGCAAGAGAGGCAAAGAAAGCAGUGGAAGAAAAACAGAGGGAGCUGCUGAGAGAGAGGGAAGCAAAAGGUGAAACUUGGGUUCCCAACCAUUUUAGAGUCACUCAUAGCAAAGAAGGUGGUGGGUGGGACUGCGCACCCAUCCAGCAAUGGGUGCCACCAGCUCCUAUUUCUGUACCCUUGUAACUAUUUUCCAUCAUCAUAAAACUUGAAACUUGGCAUCUUCUAAUUUGUGUGAAUUGGGAGAUCAUGAUGUUGUUCCAUCUAAGAUUUCUCGUUUCGAAGUGUUUA